UCUCUCUCUCUCUCUUUCUUAAAGCGACGCCACUCUCAAUUUAAACGCCCAAAAUUUUCUCAUAUACGUUGUAAACUCUCAAACCCUCUCUCUCUCUCUCUCUCUCUCGCUCGCUCGCUCGCUCGCAAACACACUGGUGCUCUCCUUCUUCUUCAAGAUCUCUAGCUGAGGAGCAUUCAAGCUUCAUUCAUUCUCGUCGAUUAAACAACCAUCUCGGUUGCGCGUCGAAGAUGAACAAUCUCAUGACCACAUCGUUCCUCGACUACGUGGAACUGAAGAAGCAGGCGACGGUGAUCGAGGGCUCCGGCGCGAGUCCCGAGGCGAGCGCGGAUCUCGAGGCUGGGGGUCUCACGCCCGCGGAGGAGGCGAACCUCGCCCUCUUCUUCUCCGAGGUCGGCGCGAUCCAAUCCGCCAUGGACGCCCUCUCCGCGCUCCUCUCCGACCUCCGCCUCCUCCACGCCGAGUCCCGCUCCGCCCACUCUGCCAAGCUCCUCCGCGGCCUCCGCGACCGCGUCGAAUCCGACGUCGCCGCGAUCCUCCGCACCGCCCACUCCAUCAAGGCGCAGCUCGAAGCCCUCGACGCCUCCAACGCCGCGAACCGCGCCCUCUCCCCGCGCUUCGCCGCGGGGACACCCGUCGACCGCACCAGGGUUUCCGUCACCCACGGGAUCCGGGCGAAGCUUCGCGACGCCAUGAUCGGGUUCCAGAAGCUCAGGGAGACGAUCCUCUCCGACCACAAGGAGACCCUGAAGCAAAACUACUACAACGCCACGGGCGAGCUCGCCUCCGACAAGGUGCUCGACGAAAUGCUCAAGUGGAGCGGCCGGGUCGAAGCAGUGAACAAGGAGGAGGGGAUGGACGUGGAGGUAAUGGAGAGGAACCGGGCGGUGAGCGAGAUUCAGCGGAGCCUGAUGCAGCUGCACCAGGUGUUCCUUGACAUGGCGGUGAUGGUCGAGAAGCAGAAGGAGCAGAUGAACGACAUCGAGGAGAACGUCGUGCGCGCCAAGGAGUACGUAAGCGGGGGCACGGACCGCCUCGUCUCGGCGAAGGCCAUGAAGCGGCGGAACAAGAAGCGCGCGCUCGGUUUGGUAUGUGCUGUUAUUGUGUUUGUGAUAUUGUUUGUGCUGAUUCCUAUUCUCGCUGAUUCUUAGAUAUUAUUUCCUAUAUUUGAUGGCUUUGUAUAGUCUAGAGUAUUAACGUAGAAUUGAGUCUUUUAUUAGCAAUUCUCUGGCAUUUUGUUAAUGGUGCAUUUUGUUGUUGGAGGUCUUUCUUAACAUUUUGAAGACUCCUGAUUGGAAUUGAAGGUUUUUGAAUA